AGGAAAUCGCUGGUGAUGGCCAUGGUGGUGAUAGUCCCUAUGAUAGUCCCUAUGAUAGUCCAUAUGAGGGAGGGAAGUUCGGGGCUUUAUCAUUUCACCUUGCGAUCCGCUUGUCAGUCCUCCUUGCUCGCUCGGAUAAUGCCACAUCCAGAGAGACCAUUCGAACGCACCUUCACUACUGCAGACCCCGGUCAGGGUCACACCAGCGGAGCCUUGUCGGGCUCAUCCGGGUUCCAAUUAUAAAUGGGACGCAACCCUCCCUUCGAGCAGACGCAGGGCACCGCAAUGCAUUUUCUUUGUCUACACGGGGUUGGGUCGAACAGCCAGAUCCUUGAAGCGCAAACCGCUGCCCUCCGAUAUGAGCUGGGAGACGGCCACACGUACGACUAUGCCGAGGGAACUGUCCCAUGUCCUGUAGACCCCGGUCUGGCGACGUAUUUCCCCACCGACGACGACUGUUUCGCGUACUUUGACCCCUCGCGACCGGAGUCCUUCGCGACGGCGUUGCACCACUUGGCCGAGUUCCUCGAGCACGAAGGGCCCUUCGACGGAAUCCUGGCCUUUUCCCAGGGCGCCCAGGUGGCCGCCGCCCUGCUGGCUCGACUCCAGGCGCACUACCCCGUGCGGUGCGCGAUCUUCCUCUCGGCCGCCACCCCCGACGGCGCCCCCAUCCUGGGCCCACCGACCAACGAUGCCGGGGUUGAGGUUCCAUUGCAGCUCCCCACCGCGCACGUCUGGGGUGAGGCCGAUCGCCACUCGGACACUAGUCGCAUGCUAAGCACGCUGUGUCGGCCGGAGUGGUGCUCCCCGUUUGUGCAUUCCGGAGGACACGCGGUGCCGGGGGGACGAGAGAGAGGCUCUUUGAAAGGGGCCGUGAAUGCGAUCCGCAGGACGGUGGACUUUGCGGAGGGACUGCAGUAAUGCAUUUCCCUUCUUUCUUUAGUUUGUGUUCUUGUUGUUUUCUCUGUGGCGCAAACCGAUCGACAUGGCGCCAACGCCUAGCAUCAUAGUCCAAUCCUCGUCCACCUGCCCAGACUGAUGGCUGUAAGCGGAGCAAUGUCUUCUCUGUAUAAGAAACCAAUUUAGUUCUUGUGCUACAUGCUGCAGACCCCGGCGUCAUCCUUGCCAGUUGGUCUCAUGUCGUACAGUACUGUGUUUCGGCCGUGCCUCGCUAGCCUAUUACAUCGGGAUACAGGACC